CCGAGAACGUCUUCAAUCGGUUGGGACAAGAAUCUCUCCCCAAACUCGGCCACCUCGCAAACAAACGAACACGAUUUUCAGUCCAGUGCGUCUCCAAACGCUGACACUGGACUCACUAUCGAUAUUCAACAACAACGACUCAAGUAUUCGAGCCCAAAGUCUCCCGCUAAAAAUUUGCCGCCUCGCAAAAAAAAUCUUCUCGCAACCAUUGAUGGGAGCUCGUUUCAAGUGGUUAAUAUAACUGGCCUCGAGGAACCUGGUUGUAUAAAGGAUAUGAUAUUUUCGAAAUUUGGAAAUAUUGAUAGGGACAGUUAUUCUUUUCACGUGAUGCAAGUUGGGGAAGAGGAAAUAGGCCCGAUGAUUGAUGACAACGAGUUGGUAAAG